AUGACGGGCAAACGUCGCCGUCCCUCCCAUCCGGACCGCGAAGUGGGCUCUGCCGCUCCCAGCCCGUCGAGGGCCCAGGAAGGGCUGGCGCCAGUCCUGCUCCGAGCCGCCACUGCACUGGUCGAGCACGAGGGGGCCGGGACGCUCGCCCGGCGCCGUGAGCCGAUCUAUCGUUCUCCCCGCGGGCGGACUCAUCCUCACCUCCGGGCCCGCGGUGGUUCGUUCCGUCGCCGCCGUCCGCCUCGCCCUGCCCCCGCCGCCCAGAGGGAGCUUGUGGGCCCCCUGCUACAACCGCCGCCGUCCCCCUUGCGCCUGGGUGCUCCGUCCGUGCUGUCGCCGGAUGUGUCGCUGCAGUCGUCGCAGCAGCUGUCGUCUGGCGUCGCUGCGCCUCCUCUACCGCUGUCGCCGGCUCCCCCUGCGGUGUCGGCCCCGCUCCCUGCUCCGCCGCCCUCCUCCUCUCCUCCUCUGGCACCUCCUCCGUUGUCGUCGUCGGCCCGGGCACCCCUUGUGAGCCACCCGUCUUCGCCACUUCCCUCCGCCUCUCCUCCUCCUGUCGAGCCUCCGCAGCGGCAGCAUCCCCUAGUUCCGUCUGGGCCUGUUCCUGAAGCUCGCUUUCCUCCUCCUCGCGCCCAAUCUCCUGAGCUUCCUCCCGAUGCUCCUGACCCCGAGGACGACGAGCGGUGGUGGAAUGGGGAGCUGUGGGAGUCCCCCCCCCAGCCUGCGACUCUGUGGGGCCGCGAGUGGGACAUCCAGUCCGAUGUUGUGAAGGACAUCCUCCGUUGGGAGAAGCGGAUGGUGGCGGUUGGGGAGUGCAUGUCGCAUGUGGCGACCGUUCUCGAGCAGUUGCACGCCGGCUUGGUGGCGCGGAACCUCGUUCUCCGUGAUCCUCAGUUGACGGAGCCCCAGCAGGGUGUUGUCCGGGAGGCGGCGGCGCAGGGUCUCUGGCGCCUCCUCCGUUUGCCCAUGGAGCCCGAUCAGCUGCCUCCUCAUUCGCUGGAGCAGGUUCAGGUUCUGGCCUAUCGUGCCUCUCCCGCCAAGGCCAUGCCCGUACUGGGCGUUCGACCCUGCCCACGAUCGUCUGUCCCCCACGGGCUCCGCGUCCUCCGCGCCCACCGCGUCCUGCGCCCCCCCGCUCUCCUCUCCCUCUGCCCGUCGGUGGUCUCGUGCUACCCGUGGUUCCGCCGCGCCCGACCGGCAUCCACGGCGUUCGUCCUCCUCGUGGCGGUCCCCAAGUCACCGCACCUAGGCGUGGCGAACGCCGCGUAUUUUCUUCAUCCACUUCCGCGUCAAUCACCGGGCGAGAGGAAGAUGGAGACGGACGCACUGGCUCUCAUGGCGGCAGCCCUUGUCGCAGCCAGCCGAGGAGGGGUCCCGGGGCGCCAGGUCCCAGCCCUGCUCCAGGCCGCCUCGGUGUUGGCUGGGCGCGGAGCCUUUUCCCCGUCUUCUCGCGUGCGGCGCAAGCAGCGGCGCAAGUCCCGGGCCCCAGUCUUUCACUCCCCUUCUGGGCGCGCCCCUGCCUGCCUGCGGCCGCGGCAGCAGCAGUCGUUCCGGCGGACGCAGCGGUGGUCGGCGCAGCCUCUUCACUCGGGGGUCCCUCCGGUCGCCUCACUGCCUCCGCCACGACCUCCGCAAUCUCCGCCACCCCGAGCGGUGACGACGAAUCUCCCCACACAGUUCGGGACUCCUCCCCAGCCUGGCCGUGCUCCCAUGGUGGCGGCGACGCAUUCGGGUGGUCAGGCGGGGGCGAGGCUAAGCCGUCGCCAGAGGCGGCAGCAGUCACAGCAGUAG